GUAUACAUAUGCGCUCACCUCAGAACGCCUGUAGCCUGUCAUGACUAGCAGGGAAGACUUUCUUGUUAAUAUUUGACCAAAGGAAGGAGGGCCCAGGCCGCCCUUUCUGCUUCUCUUUCUUGAGCAACAGCUUCAAUUAAGGCUGAGCUUUUAGCACUAGGAGUCUUUCUGUCAGCCCCACAGAGACUUCUGCCUUUGAUAGAGAGGAGGACUCAGCACAGCUUCGGUAGCAAUGGAGGUGCUGGUGCUGAUAGACUUUGAGGGGACGCUGGGGGACGAGUUAUCGGUGCAAGCUGGAGAUGUGGUGAAGAACGUGAAGGCAGCCAGUGAAGAUGGCUGGCUAGAGGGAGAACUCCGGGGGAAGAGAGGCAUUUUCCCAUCUAACUUUGUUAAGGAAGUGCCUGUGCACUUGAUAGGAGACAGCAAAAGGGAGCCACGAAGCAUGCGAACAUCGAAGAUGCCGUUGAAAGAUCUUUGUAGAAAAUGUGAAGUCACAUAUACCUACAUGCCACAGAACGAGGAUGAGCUGGAGCUGGCUGUUGGAGAGACUGUAGAGAUCCUCAGAGAGAUUGAAGAUGGAUGGUGGAUGGGAAAGAAAAAUAACAAAAUAGGAGCUUUUCCAUCCAACUUUGUUAAAGAAAUUUUUCCAAAAGAUGGUCUUCAGCAUGAGAGCAAGAGCAGACCUAAACUUUCUGAUUCUCUCUUCACUAAAGAGGCACCACAGCAGAGAGCUAGUAUUCGCAAAAAAACAAAUGUGAAAGAAUGCUGCCAGGUCAUGUUUGAUUACACUGCCGUUGCUGAGGAUGAGCUGAACCUAAAGAAGGGAGACAUAGUCACCAUCAUCAGCAAGGCCUCAGAAGACGACGGAUGGUGGGAAGGCGAGCUGAAUGGGCGGAGGGGCUUCUUCCCUGAUAAUUUCGUCAUGGUGAUCCCAAUGGACACUCAACUUGGGGACAAAAGCCAGCUGCCACAGAGACAUGGCACACUGAAGCAGUCAGUAAAGCAGACUUCUGGAAUGGACAAGAGCAGCAGUGAAGCAACUGGAAAAGCAGAGGUCAAAGAUGAAAAGCCAGAUUUCAGAAGCGAUUCACAUAAAGUCAAGCUGACUGGUCUGUUCAGAACACCACCUCCUCCUACAUUAAAGGAGAAACCACUGAAGCUUGUGUCAAAGAAGAAUGAGGAUUUGCCUCCUGCCUCAUCUAAAUCCACAGAGAAUGAACACAAGGACUCUGACCAGUUGGAUGUAGUAAACGUGUCUUCAGAAAAACUCGUCCACCCUACUGCCCACAGGGCCAAACCCCCCCAGAGGAGACCACCUACAGGCCUACAUGCUUCUAGUGACACCAACCAGAACGAGGCAUCAACACAAAUAGAUGGAGCCCUUAAAAAGCAAGAUGUGUCCUCCAAGGUCACAGAAAAUCAUUUACCAUCAUCUUCAAUACUUCAUCCUGCUCAACCCAAACCAACUGAGGUCAAGUCUCCAGCUGAGAAACCCACACUGGAUCAGGUAUUGGCUGAACUUAAGGAGCUACGCAUGGCACUGGAACUGCUUAAAACCCAACACAGUACCGACAUGAAAGAGCUUAAAGACGAGCUAGGUGAGGAGAGGAGCAAACGAAUGAAAUUACAGGAUGAAGUUCAAGCCCUGAGAAAGCAGAAGUAACCUUGAAGGACUUAGGCCUCAUUUGGACUCUGUCUCUUUAAGAAUGUUGUUUUUCUAUGUGUUACUGCUCCCACUGGAAUGCUGGAGCAGUAUGAGAUACAGUGAGAUCACAACACAGAGAGAGAGAGAGGGUGUGUAAGUGAUUAGACAGAAGAGACGGACACAGAGACUCUCGCAGAGAAUCUGGAACUUGCUUAGAGCUUAUUGGCUCCAUGCUUCGUAAUUAUGUUAUCUGAAAACGGUUUUCAGAAGAGGGAUCUUUCUUAUUUCCAGAAAUAUGUGAAAAUCUAUUGUUUAUAGAUAUAGAAAUAUUUUUAAAUGACUACUUGUUUGUCAAAGAAUUUUUUUCUUUGUGUGAUUCUGUGGUUUUCUGAAGUCUUUAGCUUUGUAUGACUUAACAAAAAAAUUCCCACUUGCGUAUAACUCUGGCAUUACAUGUUUUUCUGUUUUUUAAUGUGUUUUCAUUGUUCUUCCAAAUCAGUAGUUAGCAAUAUCGUUGGGAGAUUGCUGGUCCGAUCCUAAGCGAUGCCACAGCCAACAGUGUUCCACAGCUAAAUUGGACUGGUUCUUGCUGGGGGUGUUAAAUGACUCUCCCCCUCACCCAGCAUGAUGCCAGUCUGUGUGGUUAGCAUUCUGCUGCAGAGUGAUGAUGUUUUGGUGGCAGAUGUGUAGGAUUGAGGGGUUACAUAGGAAUAAGAACAAGAACAAGCACAUAUUGAGUCUUGUUACUCCUUAGAAUUAAAAUUCACACUGUAUAGGUUGUUAUUCUGUUGUUUAUUAACUUCCCUUUUCUGUUUUUAUCCUCUUCUGACUGGUGACACAGUCUGUUAAAAAACAGUGUAUGUGCUUUUACAUUAUUUAUAAUAAGCCAUAUUCAGUAUAUGAUGAUUUAAGAUGGCUGUAACAAGAUAUAGACAAUAUUGUGUUACUGGUCUGGGAUUGUUUUGUUUGUGUCAGUUAGAACUCUUUGUUACUGAUUUUAUUUUGGGUUGAUCUGAUACUUGAGGGCACUAAUGAGUGAAGGUAAAAUGAAUAUGGACCAUUAUGGCAUAUCUUUUAUGCUUUUUUAACUCAAGUUACAGACCCUAUGGGUAUUGGUGAGGUCAUCGAUGAAAGUCUGAGCAGAGUUAGGUCAGAUGCUAGAUUCCUGCUGCCUGUUAUCAUAAAGCAGCUUGUCCUUUGAGCAAACCAAAGCUUAUGAAAAAAAACAA